AUCUUCAAGAUAUGGACCACCUUUCACCAUAUAAAUUCACAACUUAAAUCAAUUGGAAUGACAACGUAUGAAAUUCUCCUUGAAGUGGAGCUGAAAAAGUACUUAAUUGAAGGAAUUUUCAUCAAUUUGGUGGCAUUAUUUGUUGAAAUAACAAUUAUUAGUCGUCUCGACACAACAUCGGGAUUCUUUGAACAUCGCUUAGCUGUUCUCAUCCCCUUUAAUGGAAAUCGCAUGGCAAUAUUUCAUUUUUUACUUUACAUCCACAUCACUCGAAGCUAUUUGCACAUUCUUGCAAUGCAACUACAAAGGAUUCACCGCAAAAUUGAACUUUUCCCCCAACCACCCACAAAGCAUGGUGAUGCACUACAUGGUGAGAUCAAAGCUCUAAAGGUUAUUCACAGAAAUUUAUGGGAAAUAUGCUGUAACAUCAAUAAAUCAUUCAAUUGGACACUUUUGUGUAUCAUCAUCAUGUACUUUCUCAUCAUCAUUGUCGAUCUCUACUGGUGUUUCCUCAAAAUUCUCGUUGGAUCAUCAAAUCACAUUACAGAAUCCUUCCUGUGUCCAAUACCUGUCGUCCUUUCAUUCAUACCACUUGUUUACACAGCUGAUUCCCUACUCAACGCUCCAAGGAUCAUCCAAAGGAAUCUCCAUGAGCUACAGAUGGAAGCACAAAAUAGGACUCUCCAUCAAUUUGCACUGCAAAUUCACAUUCUCCAUGUGGAAUUUACACCAAAAGGGAUUUUUCUUCUUGAUUUUAAACUCUUUACUGCGUUUGUCACCACAAUGGGGAUGUACUUAAUUAUAUUAAUUCAAUUUGAAUACGAUAGAUCACAGAUUACAACGACGUUCAAAUAAGAGAUCUCAUCGUCUGAACAAACUUCUGCACCAAAGCAAUUAUUUGUAUAAAGAAUGAUGAUUCUCACUGCGAUAUCAUUGUCACAGGAAGGAGUAUUAUGUAUGGUAUAAAAAAGCUCUAAGGGC